AUGAACCCUCGCGCCCCUCACUACAAGUUCCAGUCUGCCUCCAACAGCAAUGGCAAGGAUCUAGAGAGCAUCUACGGAAGUCUGCGCAACAACUUCGUACCCGCUUCUGUCUCUCCUCCUACCAUGAGCGGCACAUACGGUGACCUAGCUCCUGCCUUGAGUGACAAUACACGCGAACUCUCCACUCACAGUCAUUCGCUUAGAUCUGAUGAUGAGCGGCUGCUCGAGCGCGCACGCAACGAACAGCUGGAACAGAAUCAGCUAGCAAUGCACACUAAGCUCCUCCGCUUGACUGACCAGGUCAGUGAGUUGAUGUCCCAGCGUGCAGCUCUUGAGAAGGAGAAGGCCGAGGGCGAUCAGACAAUCAAUGACCUUCGUCGCGAUGUCACCCAACUCAAGGCUCUGGUCGGGCAGCAUCACAACAAGCUUGAAGUCUGCAAGCACGCUCAAGCCCUGGAGCAGCGCUUCAAGGAGAUGACAGGAAAAUUCGAGCCUCGUUUCCAGCACUACAUGACCCGUAUCGACAAGGUUGAGGGCCUCGUACGUGUUGCCGGAAGCCAGAUCAAGCAGCAUGCCGCGCAGCUAGGUGACGGCGAGGAUCGCAUCGACCAGUUCGAGCAAGCAUCUGGCGGUAGCACUGCCACGAUUCCGCAACUCAAGCUUAGCAUUGAGAAACUCGAGAAAACUCAAAAGUCGCACAAGUCGUACCUACAGAAGAUUGGAGAAACUCUGGUCGCCCAUCAGACCCACAUGGAUACCAUGACCAAUACCAUGAAUGAGCUUCGCUGCAAGCUGGAAAGUCUGAGCACUAUCAAUGCUGGACUUCGUAGCAAUGAGAAUUCGGGACCAAAGACCAGUCUUUUCAAGAUGGACCCAACUACCGACGCCAUCUUCAAGCUCCAAAGCAAGAUCGAUUGCCUGGCGGAGGACGUCCACUACGGAAGCAGAAAUGCGGAGAGUUCCACGGGCAACAGAUCCAGCAGCGCCGUUGAUGUCGAGGAUUUGGUCAAGCAGCUAGGUAAAAUUCGCAACAAGACUAGCACUAUCGAGAAAGACCUGAAGGAUCAAGCCAAGAUGCGUGACCUUAUGGACGAUAUCUUGCAGGCACACAGAAUGACCCUGGAGACGAUGUUCUAUCAAUUGACCAAGGAGUUUCAUGAGGAAUGUCAGCCUGAAGACAUCGUGUAUGGCAAGCAGGGCAAGUAUGACCUGGAUGAGAAGCGUAUCUUUAUGCUCAGACAGCGUGUCCUCGAACGUCUAUCGAUCGAAGACAAGGUCCAACUCGAGUUCCAACGCCUCAAGGAGUCUCAGCAGAUGUACUCAUAG